ACUGUAUGAAUCAGGAAGAUAAGGUGACUGACACAACAAAUAUGUCCGACUUGUUAUCACAGAAGCUCACGUAACGUGUUAUUUACAAAGUAGGUAUUGAACUAUUUGACGAACGAUAUGAUAUCUUUCUUUUCUAAAUUGUCAAUAAAUAACUCUGCAAAGUCACCAGUGGAACUCGCUAAACCAGCUUAUAUGGACAAAAGUGCAACGUUGCAAGAAUUGGGAUACAACGAUGAAAAUGACUUGAAGGAGACAAUAUAUGACUUUUUGCGGACGAUAAGGGACCCAGAAAAGCCUAGUACUCUUGAAGAUCUGAAGGUUGUUUACGAAGAAGGGAUUUUUGUCAAGGAGCCUACUGCGGACAAAGUGCCAGUAUUGCGAGUGGAAUAUAAUCCUACAGUGCCCCAUUGUUCCCUGGCGACGCUUAUAGGGUUGUGUAUUCGUAUCAAAAUCCAGAGGUCGCUGCAUCACCCAGUUAAAUUGGAUAUUUAUAUCAAGAAAGGUGCACACACAACGGAAGAUGAAAUCAACAAACAGAUCAACGACAAGGAACGCAUUGCAGCUGCGAUGGAGAAUCCCAAUCUGAGAAACCUAGUGGAGAACUGCAUAGCUGAAGAAGAAUAAGAGUGACAGUAAACAAGUUCAGUAAACCAAAAUGGCGCCGGACGCCGCUUUCUCGAACAUAAAUGACAAAAAUGAAUUCACUAAGUUUACUAAAUUCCUUGCGUACAAAGGAGUACAAGUCAUUGUGGAGUCAAGGAAAGGAGUAAAAAUCGAGCCGAAUACUAAAUUGGCUACUUCAGAUAGCGACUGGUUCAAUCUUCAAAUACCUGACUCUCCUGAAGUCAAUCAAGCAACAAAGAAUGCCUUACCUUCAGACAGAGUGUUGGAAACUAUUAGAUCUCAGCUCCAUGUUGAAAUAUCUGUACAAACUGAAGACGGAGACGAGAUGGUGCUGGAAUUAUGGACUCUGGAACUGGAUGAGACCCAGUUUGACACUUCUCUUAAAGCUAUGAACACAGUAUACUUCAGAAUGGGGAUUCUUUUGAAGUCAUUAAUCACUAUAACACGGAUAACUCCAGCAUAUCAUCUUUCAAGGAAGCAGAGAACAGAAUCUUUUACCAUUUUCUAUAGAGUUUACAAUGGUGAGCCAAAACUUAAGGCUUUAGGGGAAUCAGUCAAGACUAUUCAAGCAGGAUUGUUAAAAACACCACUAGGAGGCAUCUGUUUCUCUGUAGCUUAUCGAACGAACUUCUCCAUAUCACCAAAUCGCUCAGAAAAAAGCAAAACAUUGUUGUUAAAAAGUGACCAUUUUGAAUUAAGUCCGAAACAUGUUAUUUUUGAGUCUAAAAAGAAGAAGGAGCAGAAAGAUAAAGUCCCCAAACCAGUGAGACCUAUAGAUUUGAACAAACCAUUACGUUUAGCAGCUUUUGUUGAUGAAACAUUAGUAGACAAGACAUUUGGUGACUUCCUUGAAAAGAUGCCAUUACCGAAAUGCACAAUAAUCAUACAACCAAAGAGCCCAGAAGCAGAAAUGCCAAUGGAAUCAAAAAGCACUCAAGACUUAGACGUAGCAAUCAUAUCAAAAAGCCCAACAUCUUUAGAACUACCUCCAAAGAAAUUUGCAGGGUUUCGCAAUGAAAAUGAACCACCUUUAAAGCUGCUACACUUUCCUUUCGCCGACAAUCAUCCAAUAAGAGAGCUGGCAGAGUUUUACAAAGACUUUUUCAAUGCACCUCACUUGAAGUUGUCCGAAGGCUUAGAGCAUUCUAAAUCUAAAAGUGCAGAAUCUGUCAAAGAGGAGAUCGAGAUGGCAAAUGAGGAUUUGUCAAAAGACCUCGAAUUAUUUGAGAGUUCUGUUUUGGAAUUUGAGGAGUUGUUGGCUGACAUGUGUAGGUCUGCAGAAUGGAAUUAAUUGGGAACAAGGGAUUCAAAUAGACUGGUUUAAGACUGAACUGUUGUCGAAUGGAUUUGGGUGUUGGAUAGUGACUUUUAAGGGGCCGGCCUAUACUUGCAACCAUGGAACUGUUUGUUUAACAACUUAAAGGGACUGUAAACUUAAAACAGUUACCCAUUAAACCACACACAUACUGCUUUGUGGCAAAUGAAUGAAUUGGUGGUUGUAAGUGUACUAACACUUCUGGGUUGAAAUAAAUGUGAUUUAUGGACUGAACAUUGAUUUUAUGAAACUAUUUAUUAUUCUACCUGUAUAUAAAUGUGUCUUUCUUUGUAUUAUCCAUAUUAAAGAACUUUGUGAUUCUAAUUCAAGCAGGAAGUGUAAAAUAUUCAUUGAUUAAAAAAAUGAAAAUGAAAUAUUGCAAUUGGUCACUCAUUACUGUAUUGCAAUGAAAUAUUGUAGUAUGUUUUGGGUAUAGGAUCAUCCUAUUGUCAAACAUUAUUCAGCUAAAUUAGGAUGACAUUUUGAAUAAAUAGAUUGUUUUCCUGCGGUCCACAAAAGUUCCCCAGGGUAGAUUAUCUGUUGGGCUUUAUUUAUGUUGUAUCAUUCUUAAUAUGCAAUGGAAAUUUUAUCAUGAUUUAGAUGUAAUAAUUAUAUAUAGUGAAUGCCUUAUUAUUUUUUAGAUACCUUGAAUAUGUAUUUUUAUUAUUUCGUGGCCUGUAAACGAUGUGAGAUGAAUAAUGUUGGUGUGUCAAACUAAAUUAGACACUGACUACUGGGUACAUAAAGUCCAAUUUAGUUUGACUCGUCAUGACAAAGCAGAUCAGUUUUAAAAUAUAUACUGAUGUCUAGUUUAAUUUAGUUAUUUAAUAUUUUUAUUAUAUCAUUUUGUAGAUGGUACAAAUAAAUCAUUCUUGGUUCAUAAA